GCGGCGGCGGAGAGCGCGGCGCGGCCCGAGCAGCCCUGGCUUUCCCCUCGUCGCGCGCCCGCGCCCCCUUCAGCGUCCGCAACCAGAAGCCCAGCUCGGCGCCCGGAGCCGGACCUGUCCCCGCGCCUCUCCCGGGACCGCGACCCCGGCCGCCCCGCGAUGACCGCGACCGCAGCCCUCCUGCACGUCCUGCUGCUCCUGCUGGCUUUCGGCCCCGACUCCUCUGGAGCUGAAUGCCUCCCGGUCUGCGACCCUAAAAAUGGAUUCUGCGUUGAUGAUGUGUGCAGGUGUCAGCCUGGCUGGCAGGGUGACCUGUGUGACCAGUGCGUGACCUUUUCUGGCUGUGUGAAUGGACACUGUGAAGAGCCCGGGGAGUGCAUCUGUGAGGAUGGCUGGGAUGGCAAACUCUGCAAUAUAGAUGUCCGUGCUUGCACCUCGACCCCCUGCGCCAACAAUGGCACCUGCAUGGACCUUGGAAGUGGCCACUAUGAGUGUGCCUGUGUUCCUGGGCACUCGGGGAAGGGCUGCCAGAAGAAGGACGGGCCCUGCGUGAUCAAUGGUUCCCCCUGCCAGCACGGAGGCACCUGCGUGGACGAUGAGGGCCGGGCCUCCCAUGCCUCCUGCCUGUGCCCCCCUGGCUUCUCAGGCAAUUUCUGCGAGAUCGUGGCCAACAGCUGCACCCCGAACCCGUGCGAGAACGGCGGCGUGUGCACCGACAUCGGGGGCGACUUUCGCUGCCGCUGCCCGGCUGGCUUCAUCGACAAGACCUGCAGCCGUCCGGUGACCACCUGCACCAGCAGCCCGUGCCUGAACGGGGGCACCUGCCUGCAGCACACCCAGGUGAGCUACGAGUGUCUGUGCAAGCCCCCGUUCACAGGCCCCACCUGCGCCAAGAAGCGCGAGGCGGGCACCCUACAGGUUCCCAGGGGCUACGGCCUGUCUUAUCGUGUGACCCCUGGGGUGCACGAGCUGCCGCUGCCGCAGCCCGAGCACCGCAUCCUGAAGGUAUCCAUGAAGCAGCUCAACAAGAGCACCCCUCUCCUCACCGAGGGCCAGGCCGUCUGCUUCACCAUACUGGGCGUGCUCACCGGCUUGGUGGUGCUGGGCACCGUGAUCAUCAUCUUCAUCAACAAAUGCGAGACCUGGGUGUCCAACCUGCGCUACAACAACAUGCUGCGCAAGAAGAAGAACCUGCUGCUGCACUACCACAAUGGGGAAGACAUGGCGGUGAACAUCAUCUUCCCCGAGAGGGUCAACGCAACCACCUUCGACAGGGAGGCCGGCGAGGAGGAGAUCUAAGUAGCGUUCCCAUGGGCCCCUCUUUAUUCUCGGGGUUCCGCAGAGCUCACCAUAUGCGGUCUGUGCUCAUCUUUGUGGUGGAAUUUGCUAUCUUUUGUGUCGAAUCUGGUGAACGCUAUGCUUACAUAUAUUGUCUUUGUGUUGCCGUGUGACAAACGCAAUGCUAAACAAAUCCUUCUUACUCUAUUAAUGCAUGAUUAUAAAUAAUAAGAAAAAUAAGAAUUUCAUCUCUAAACAAGUAAAAGAUAUAAGUAUGUUAUUCUAAACUCUAAGAUCAAAAAAUAUCAAAAAGACCAAAAAAAAAAAAAAAAACAAGGCAAAAGAACCAGGACCCAGUGCCGACACCCCUGACCCAGGGGUCUCGAACACAGGGCCCUUGUGCAACCAUUACAAGUUCUGUGCAUGACCGCUCACUGUGAAAAACUAAAAUCUCUUUCGUUCGUUAAUUCUCACGUGUCACAUCCGACUCGCACUCACAUCCAGCUCCACUGCAACCUUUUAGAUCUUUCUGAUUGGUUUGAGAUUUCAGAGUGCAGCGGUUUGUGUUUCAGGCAGAGAGAGCCCCGGGUUGGCAGCUAGGGGGUUGGGACCUUGGCCCAGCCCUGCCACUAACUCGCUGUAUGAUCCUUGGCGAGUCCCCAUCCCAGUCCCGGGCCCACUAUCAGGUCCCUCUCGAAGGAGGGGUUUGAACUCUCACCAUCAAGGUCCUCUCUGACCCUAGAACUCAGAAUUAGGAACAAAGCGUAGCUACCAAAACAUGUCCUGACCCUGAGCAUAGGGCCUGACCAAUUUCAAGUCCCAGCCUGGGAUCCAAAGGUUUUGGCCUAUCCUGGAAGUUCACUUGAUGUUGGAGAUGACCCUAGCUGCUUUUCUCAAAGCGGGAGCCUCCUGGCUCACUCCCCACGUGGGAGAAGUUGGCCCCUUUGAGGUGUAACAUGCCAUUUGGAGCUGCCACGUGGGCAGCUGGCCCCCACUCCUACCUUGGGCCCGCCCGACCCCUCGCCUACAGUGGAGCUCCUGCCCUGUAGAUUAGAGAUGUCUCUGAGAUUUAAGUGCACCUUGACCGUAAGUGCCCCUGGCAGAAUCUGAGCAGCAACACUGCCCUCACCGAGGUUUUCACAGACUGCCGUGGAAGUAGCUGCUUGUGGGGUGUUUUCUUGUCCUGUGGUCACAGUGGCCCGAGCCCUGGUCUACACAGCCAUGGGUUUGUGUCUGUGUUGCUAAGACUCCUCAGAUCCUGUAAGAUCUAUCCAGCUUCUGAAUUAUGAAUUGGACUUUUUUUUUUAAAGAGAGUAAUCUAUCUUUUUUGUAAAAACAGAAAGAAAUGGGACAGAGCUCUGUGUAGCUUUCUAACUCCUUUUAGGAUUGGCCAGCUACACAGCCCUUGGGUACCAGUUAGUUAUAUUUUGCUUCUUAAAUUUUUUGGAUAAGAAUCUCUAUUCUUAGCUUUACGGAGUAAGUAACGUGCCGUGUUGACCUCGCUGCAAGCCAUAGUCACCUUACCAUCACAGUCAUCAGCUCAUAGCCACUGCACUCAUACCUCACCACUCAUGGGUCAUGCGCCACUGUCAUCACAUAGGCAUUGACUUUAUCACUCCCACCCCACACCCCAGGUCCGCUGUCCGCCCGACUCAGAGCCUGCCCCAACUCUCCCCAAGUCCCCGCCCAACCCCAAGCCCCUGGCUCCCAGAUCCCGGUCUUCUGCACCCUCCAGCCUCACCCCAGCCCCUCCCCACUUCAGCCCAGCCGCCCUUUGCCUUCUGCCCAGACCCCACUCCCCACCCCCUCUCUGCUGACCCUCCCCCCAACUAAGUCAAGCCACCAUGCCAUCUCAUUUUUGAGUUUGUUUUAAGAAAUAAAAAACUUAAAAAGACAAAAAAAAAAAAAAAAAAGCAUUGUUCGCUGUGCCGGGUGGUCAUCUGGUACGCUGCCUGGCCGCUCUCAACGUGAGGCGUUGAUGGAGUGCUAACCAUUCUGGUCCUUGGCUUCCCCAACGCAAAAUUUGACAAUUGGAUGCACCAAUCUGGUUCUCUACUCCAUGUUUUCUUUGCACUCUUCACGUGGCAGGGAGUAGCUGGGUCACCUGGUGACCAGGGCGUGAGGCCCGGCUGCCUUCCUGUGAGGACUGCUCAUCCAUUCACCACCUCACCCUCCACCACCAUCCGGUCAGGGAGCAUUUCCAAGCACCUGCUGCACGUGCGAGGGAGAGUGCAGGGAGCCGUGGGAUGUGCAGACUGAGGGGGACAGUCUGGGACGGGGGCGGCCACGCAGGUAUCCCCGGGAGCCGAGCGCAGUGCAGGUAAAAUGCCGUGGGAGCGGAGAGUCCUGAGCAGACGUCUCCCUUCGAAUGCCACCAUCCUUCCCACGUGACACAAGAUCUCUAGCCAGCACACGAUGAGGCCGCCCCACCCAAAUUUCACAGCGCCCACCCCAGUGCCGCAGGAGCAGUGCUAGCAUCUCGCCUCUGUCUCCACGUCGCGCAGAAAUGGCUCACUCCAUACUCAAUGGGCAACCAUAUCUGCUGAGAGUGUCGGGAUUUGACUGCUCGGGUGCCCUCGGGCACUUGGUGUGGUGUGCAGUUUACGAGGGAGGAGCUAAAGGAGAGCUGAGGCGCAUUCUCUACUCGGACCCAAAUUCUGAGAGAGGAGGAGGGGUACUGAUAAUCUGUAACCAAAAUGUUCACAAAGAGAUGUCUUUGGUGAUCUUUUGAGCUUUUCCCGCCUACCAAAAGUCCAGACAAUGCAAAAAAACCUUGUUUAUUGCAAAAUAAACAACAAGGGCUUCUAA